UAAAUGUAUAGGCUAAUAUCACUUCCACUUGGCAACAUAGGCUCCACGGUCUACUCUUCCACAUUCAAAUUAAGUACAUUCUUAGAUCUGCUGUGUCAAGUCCGUUAAACUCUGGAACUGAAUCAUUUGAUGUUUGCUUUUAAUACGAGUAGAAUAUAUAUAUGUCAUCAACUAGGUGAAAGCAAAGCUAAUACAUUCUGCUGCAAUUCCCAGUUGACAUCUCCAUAUAACUUGUACACAAAGGAACAGAUUACCAAAGAAAAAGAAACAAAAAUGUGGCUGUUCAAGAGGAAAGGGGCAUCUGGAUUUUCGUCUUCUUCCACCGCUGAGGAAGUAACUCAAGGAAUUGAUGGCUCUGGUCUUACUGCCAUUGUCACAGGAGCAUCAAGUGGUAUUGGUUCUGAAACUAGCCGUGUUCUUGCCCUGCGUGGAGUUCAUGUCAUCAUGGCUGUCCGGAAUAUGACUGCUGGAAAAGAUGUUAGAGAAGCAAUAGUUAAGGAAAUCCCUGCUGCUAAAGUUGAUACCAUGGAGUUAGAUCUUAGCUCAUUGGCAUCAGUGAAGAAAUUUGCUUCCGACUAUAAAUCAUCAGGUCGCCAAUUGAACCUUUUAAUUAAUAAUGCAGGAAUCAUGGCAACUCCCUUUAUGCUCUCAAAAGACAACAUAGAGCUGCAAUUUGCCACAAAUCAUCUAGGUCAUUUUCUUUUGACAAAUUUGUUGUUGGAGAAGAUGAAGGAAACAGCACGUAAAACAAAGAUAGGGGGAAGGAUUGUGAAUGUUUCAUCAGAGGCUCAUCGAUUUGCGUAUAGCGAAGGAAUUCGGUUUGACAAAAUUAAUGACCCCAAAAGCUACAGCAGCUGGGGUGCUUAUGGCCAGUCAAAGCUGGCCAACAUACUGCACGCAAAUGAGCUCACAAGACGCGUAAAGGAAGAUGGAGUAGAUAUAACUGCAAAUUCACUUCAUCCUGGAACGAUCACAACCAAUCUUUUCCGUCAUAUGGGUGUUUUUAAUGGUCUUGUAGGCAGUCUUGGAAAGCUUUUGCUAAAAAAUGUUCAACAGGGAGCAUCAACCACCUGUUAUCUUGCAUUGAAUCCACAAGUGAAGGGGGUAAGUGGUGAAUAUUUUUCGGACAACAAUUUGGCGACAACAACAGCCAUGGGUAAAGAUAUGGAUUUAGCUAAGAGGCUCUGGGAUUUUAGUAUGGAUUUGCUCGAGUAACAGAUAACAUGUUGUGCCAGGAAAAUAGAUAAGUAACUUUGUAUCUGGUUGUUUGUGAUCUUAUCAAUGGAUAGGAAUUGGAGAUGUAUAUCGUGCUGUGUUCUUAAGAUUAUUCAAAUUAAUAUUCAGCUUUCUAGCAGA